AUGGAUCAAAUUGUAGCCAAGAUGGUGUCUUCAUUCAUUCAGCUGCUUGUUAGCACUUUUGCCGUAGCAGGAGUCUCUGCUAUACACAUCACCGCACCACUAAACCAAACAUACGACUACAUCAUCGUAGGAGGAGGCACAUCAGGCCUCACGGUCGCAAACAGACUAACAGAGAACGGAAAACACACCGUCCUCGUCAUCGAAUACGGCAACCUCGUCAACGACCCCAGCAUCCUCGUCCCAGCCAACACCCUAAGCUUCGCCCCAACCCCGGAGCGCUACUUCAACUUCACCCCCGUCCCCAAUCCCGGUCUCAACAAUGACACUACGAGCCCGCUCGCAGCCGCCAUAGUAGGUGGCAGCAGUGCCGUAAACGGCAUGUUCUUCGAUCGCGGCAGCGAAGCCGACUACGACGCUUGGGAAGCCCUCGGAAACAAAGGCUGGGGCUUCAAAGACCUACUUCCAUAUUUCAAGAAAUCCGUCACUUUUACGCCGCCGAGUGAGGACGUAGCGGACAAGUACAACUACACGUGGGAUGUUGAGGCGGCGUAUGGCGGACAUGGCGAAAUCCAGGUAUCGUUCCCACCGUACCAGUUCCCAGGUCAGAACCGAUUGUGGGAUGCGUGGAAAGAAAUUGGUGUGGAGAAACCGAAGGAAGCUGCGGCUGGGAAUGCGAUUGGUAGUAUUAUGGCGCCGAGUAUGGUGAAGGUGGGCGGCACGGAGAAGAGUGUUGUGAAGGCGAGGAAGGAGGUCAUCGUUGCGGCAGGUGCGAUUUGGACACCGUGGUUGUUGCAGCGCAGCGGUGUUGGUCCAAAGAGUGUUCUCGAGGGGGCUGGUAUCGCGGUGAAGAAGCAUCUACCGGGUGUAGGUGCGAACUUCCAAGACCAUCCAUUUGGAGGCAGUGUCUGGAACUGGACGACCAACCCAUACUUUCCCACCGCUGGAGCUCUAGCGACCAACCAGACCUUCUACGCCGAAGCGGAGAAAGAGUAUACCCAGUCGCGCGAAGGCCCUCUUACAACAUCGCGAGGCAAUCAGGCUGCCUUCCUACCCCUCAAAACCGUCGACCCAGAAGGUUGGCAAGCCCUUGUCGAUGCUGUCGCGGCUCAAGAUCCAACUCCUUACCUCCCAGCACAAUACGAUGAAACGCUCAUAGCGGGUGCGAAGGCCAUACACAACAUCACCGCCGAAUACCUCGGACGUGACGAUGCCGCAGCCUUUGAAUUCACCUUUGCAGAAGGACCCAUAGGAAACGCUGCGAUAAUGCGCCCCUUGAGUCGCGGCACCGUAAACAUCAACCCAAGUGAUCCUGCAUCAGGACCACUGGUGGACUGGCGCACCUUUUCCAAUCCCUUGGACAUCAAAUUCGCCGUGCAAAUGGUGCGCUUCUCGCGCCGCUUCAACACCCUUUCGUCCUUCUCUGGUCUCGGUGCCGUUGAACUCUCGCCUGGAUCCAAUGUGACGACCGAUGCUGCGAUUGAAAGGUAUUUGCGCAGUACGAUGGAUCCGACGUUCGUUCACAUGGCGGGUACGGCGUCGAUGCUUCCGGAAGAACUUGGCGGUGUGGUGGGAACGGAUUUGAAGGUUUAUGGCGUUGGGAAGCUGAGUGUGGUUGAUGCGAGUAUUGUUCCGUAUUUGCCGGCGACGCAUCUUUGUACGACGGUUUAUGCUAUUGCGGAGAAGGCGGCUGAUGCUAUUAAGGCGAGGACGGGGUGGGCUGAGUAG